GUGUAGCUGUAUACGCCGCAGUGGAAUUGUUCCCACCCGGUGCCUCGAUCGCCGGGGACAUACUAUUCUGAGAGCGCAGGAUGUCCGAAAACCGGGAGGAAAUUCUCGCCGACUUUCAGAGCAUAACGGCCAUCGACGAUGUCGCCGAAGCUAUUUUUCACCUAGACGCCACGAACUGGAAUUUAAUUUCCGCUAUUCAGCGCGUACUGCCACAGGAUCCGACCGAUCACCAUGCGCCGUCGGCUUCCGUACCGUCCUUGUAUCAUGACAGCGACCGUAGCGGCUCCCGGCAUGGUAACAACGGCAGCAUUAGCAGUAGCAGUGCUGCGGCGUUAUUCGCCGGUAGCAGUGCCGUUAGCCAGGCACUGUACUCCAAUGACCUCAACCACUUCGACGCCGUGCCGAAUGUGGAAGAACUGAUGACUGCACCGUCAUCUCCGGUGAAAACAAAUGCCGCCAUCAGCAAUAACAGCUCGGUCGGCUUUGCACACGCUAAACCCUAGAAAAGGAAAUGAGAUUGAUUACCCUUAUGUUUUUGGGUUCAUAUAGGUGCCUCCUCAUCGCGGUCCGCCAGUAACCACGAUUUUCGCACUGCCCUCAACUAUCUGGACACAAAGCCGUACGACCUGCUGUUCAACGUGAAGUUUAAGAACGAGCAGUAUCGCAUCAUCAUAUCCAAUCAGGCGACGAUCGGCGACCUGAAAGCGAGGAUUUACGACAAAACUAGCGUGCCGGUGUGCCGCCAGGCGCUCAAGGGUUGGGAAUCGGGCCGAUCAAAGGAAGCGGCCAACGCGAGCACCACGCUUAAGGCGCUCAACAUCGUCGGUAACGAGGUCAAUCUGAAGCUGAACGAUCUCUCUGAAGAGGGUUUCAUGGGUGAAUCGGGGCUCGACACGCUGCCCGCAAUGGACCAGCUAACAACAUACACGCUGCACAUCAACAUUCAGCCAGAGAACCGGUUGUUAAAGCUGAACUUUCCCGCCAAUCAGGACAUUCUGUCGAUCAAGAACUCCGUCUACAGUGUGACCGACAUUCCGGUACGCCAUCAGGUGUGGUCCGGUUGGCCGAGUAACAUCACUAAUCACACGACGCUGGCCGAAUCAGGACUAGGACCCGAACACAACCUGCUGCUGAAGCGCAUGGACGAGAGCGCCAUCAAACCGAGCAACAACAACAAUAACAACAGCACCAGCAACAAUAGUAAUAGUCAUCUGCUAAAUGCGCUCAAUAGUGCGGGCACUAGCGCAAACAACAGUUACAGCAGUAGCAGCAGCAGUAGUCGUCAUAUGUUCAACGUUGGUCUGGACAGCUUACCGGUUAUCAAAAUCGACUCGGAGAGCAGUGGCGAAGAGUUCGAGGAUGCUUCGGAUAUUAACAACUACGACGAUAUCUUCACAGAGACGCCGAUCGUUAACCAGCAGAAGCGUUUAAUUCCGGACAAUGUGGACGACGAAGCCAUCGGUAGCAUACAGUUUGUGGAAAACUUCGUCGAACGGUACGGCCCACAGCAUCCGAUAUUCUUCCAGGGCAGCCUGGAGGAUGCGGUGAAGGAAGCCUGCCAUCGACCAUCGGCCCGAGAUCGCAAACUGUUGGCAAUUUAUCUGCAUCACGAUGCGAGCGUGUUAACGAACGUGUUCUGCGGGCAGUUGCUAGCUUGUGAGAGCAUAAUACAGAUUUUGUUGGAGCAUUUCGUUCUAUAUGGGUGGGAUUUGUCGUAUGAAAGUAACAAAAAUAUGUUUUUGUCAUCCAUAUCCGCAUGCGUGGGCAUGACGGCCUCCAUUACGGUGCGAAACAUCCCAACCGAUCGGCUUCCGGCAGUUCUUGUGAUAUCCAAAAAUCGCAGCCAAUGCGAAGUGUUUCAGGUGAUCUAUGGUAACGUCGGAGUGGAUGAUCUGCUGUCGAAGCUGAUGGAAGCAUCCGAUAUGUACAGCGAACAGCUUAAGAUCGAACUGCGUGAGGAAAAUGAACGGAUGGCCCGAGAACAGGUGAAGCUCGAGCAAGAUGCGGCCUACCGCGAAAGUCUCGAGGCGGACCGAGCAAAGCAGGAGGCGAAGCGCCAGAAGGAGAUGAUGAUGCAGUCCGAACGGCGCCGGUUAGAGUCGGAGCGCGCGGAGCACGAAGCUAAGCGGGAGUUGAUCCGGGCGAAGGCACGGAGCACGGUGCCGGACGAACCGUUGCCAGGCAGCGGAGAAAGCAUCACCAAGAUACGGGUCCGCUUGCCGAACGGCGAUACGUUAGAGCGUAAGUUCACGGUCGAUACGCCGCUGGAGCUGCUGUUGAACUACAUCACCGCCGAGGGUUACCUGGUGAACGAAUUUAAGGUGAUCUCUGGUUGGCCUCGCAAAGACUUAACAACUCUGAACCACGAAAGCACGCUGAAAGAACUGCAACUGUGCCCGCAGGAAACGCUGAUACUCGAGGAGCGAUGAUUGAACCGGUCGGCAAAUCAGCCAGCUAGCUCGAGGCAACGGCACCAGCUCAGCGAUCUUGCAUCCACCAGCCUGUUCCCAUUUUCAAUCUUAUUUUUCUCCUUUCUCUGUGUUGCGUUUGACGAUGCGCUUGUUAGUUUGAAUCAGAUUUACAUGGAAAAUUUCGUCGUAUACAAUUCAUAUCUGUUGAGCGGUAGUGUUCAGCUUCUUCCACAACGGGUGUGUGCUGAUCGUGUUGUUUGACGAUAACUAAAUCUGUUCAUUCAUGGGAUGUCACAGCGACGUCUAUUUACCAAAAGAUUGAUUCCUCCUGUGUCAUACACCUAACACUUUCUUGAUCAAUCUAGUUCCGAUGAGGACGCGUGAGAUGUCGAUUGUAUGUAAGGCAUGUUGGCAGCUAUGCUCAAACAAUGCUAGAUUAAGCUGAUUUUACCGCCGAAGAAAUAGCAUUUUGCCCAACCACUCUCAUUUUAUCUACUUGAUCAUCAGUCCUGUGGGAUCGGCUUUGUCAUGAAAAUGGACUCGCAAUAAUGCUGCUGACAAAUGCAGAAAUGAACAAAGCGAACAAACUUACCUUGGCACUAAUCUUGGGUUUUAACAUGUUUUAAAGACAUUGAUUCUCCUGUUCUCUGCUGUUUUGGCCCGUUUUGGAGGCGAAAUAUUCUUAGCUUUAACUCGGCCUCAAUAUUUUAAAAUUCUCAGUCCGAAGUCACAUGUCACGUGGAUUUCAUCCCAACUUUUCAGUUCUUUCGCCAAGCCAUGUAUAAAUGUGUGUGCGUGUGUGAAUAUUAUCGUUCAGCAGGAGGCUCAUGAUUAGCUAUAGAUUGAAUUAAUUCUUUUAUAACCACUAAUGCUACUCGUAGAUGGAAGGGAGCGGGUUAGGUGAACCGUUACAACACACUUUGGAUACAAUUUGUUGCUGGGGUAUGUUUGCGCUGCUAGAGUCGCUUCAUAAUACGAUCCAAACCGAUAGCGCGAGCAGCAGCGACCGAUGAGGGUUGCAGAGCAGGAUUGUGGAUGCUAUUUAAGUUAGGCAGAGGGAAUACUUUGCAGAAAGGCACAUGAAGCAAAAACAAAAAAAUACUGAAAAAAUUAAAUGA